GCGCUCUGGGCCCGGCCGCCAGACCCGCCGCCGCGUCCCUGCCCCGGAGCCCCGCCCAGGAGGCCGGGCCGGCCCGCGGCGCCACCGUUCGCGGGAGAAUUGGAAAAUAGAGGGAAGGUGGAAGAAUCGCCCACAGUUUCACUACUUGAACAUAAUUUCCCACGUUUGUUCAUUCCCGUCAGGUAUGUUUUCAUAGACCAAACCUGCCUUUUGAGCUCCACCAUACCUGCAGCCCAUGAACCUCCAGGCCUAAAUAUCCCACAGACGCUUCAAAUCACAGCUUCAAAAUGGAACACCUUCCCAUAAAAUAAUAGUGCAAGUAAGGCCUAACGAGAGCGAGAGAGUGGAGACAGUAGACGUGGGAUACUUUUCCGCUGACAUCACCACAUACAGCGGUCUCCAGUCUAAUAGGUGCUGUUCAAAAUACCAUUCACCAAGAUCUCCCCCCACAGCCAGUUGGUGCAAUCCUGGGGUUCUGUCUGCUGUGGUAGUCUUCCUGGCCUCCUCUGUGAUCUGGGCAUGAAGAUUUCCUCCCACCUACCUCAUGGAAGGCUCCAUGAAGAUGCUCUCAGCAUAUUAAAAAAUUUUGGAUGAAAAAUAAUUAAUUCCCACUACAGGCCGUGUGGCCUAAUAACAUGACAAAGAAGCUGAAAUCUAUGAUGAAUGUGUCUUCUUUUCAUCCCGCCAGAGACUACAAUUGUUCCUACGUAUAACCUAAUUUGGAGAUAGUUAUGUCAAAAACCUAAAUUUGAAGCUCAGGCCAAAUGCUUCCUCAACCCAAAUCCCAUCGGCCCUGCCUCAAACAAAGAAGUCAUUACCGAUGUUUGGUGAAUGAAGGAAUGAAGGAAGGAGGGAAGGAAGAAAAGAAGGAAGGGAGGAAGGAAAGAAAAGACACAUUUAACAUGGUUAAAUAACGGGUUAAAAACGAAGAGAAGAUUUUGUUAACUGCCAACUGCAGGACGUUUGGGAAAGUUUAUUGCCACGGUAACAACCCCCCAAUCUCUAGGCUGUCUGCAGCGGCUCAGAACGUGUAAACCAAGUUUGCACGUGGGCUCCGCACGCUCGGCACCACAUCUGAGGAGCCCCUACCUCCUGAGUGCGCGCCCGCCCGCACCGGAGCCCCGCCCGCACCGGAGCCCCGCGGAAACUCGCCGACCUUCCCCACCGGAAGUGACGUGUCCACGGCCUAGCAACCGUUGCCAAGGAGCUCGUCUCUAGGAACCCAUUAGAGCCCGGAUGCCUCCUGGGGGGAAAGUGGUUUCGUGAGGAGAAUUUGAGUUUAAAUUAUAAGGCCUAAUUAUGAGUGAUCAAAUCAAAUUCAUCGUGGACAAUCUCAAUAAGGAGCCUUUUAGGAAGAACUAUAAUUUAAUCACAUUUGAUUCCCUGGAGCCAAUGCAACUAUUACAAGUUCUCAAUGAUGUUCUGGCUGAGAUUGACCCAAAGCAAGUUGUGGAUAUCCGAGAGGAGAUGCCAGAGCAGACAGCCAAACGGAUGUUGAGCCUUCUUGGUAUCCUUAAAUACAAACCUCCAGGAAAUGCCACGGACAUGAGUACCUUUCGUCAGGGCCUGGUGAUUGGAAGUAAACCUGUAAUUUAUCCAGUGCUCCACUGGCUUCUUCAGAGGACUAAUGAACUGAAGAAAAGAGCAUAUUUAGCUCGUUUUUUAAUAAAACUUGAGGUACCAAGUGAGUUUCUUCAGGAUGAAACUGUGGCUGAUACCAAUAAACAGUAUGAAGAGUUGAUGGAAGCCUUUAAAACUUUGCAUAAAGAAUGUGAACAGCUCAAGACAUCUGGAUUUUCUACAGCAGAAAUACGAAGGGAUAUCAGUGCGAUGGAGGAAGAAAAGGAUCAGCUCAUUAAGAGAGUUGAACGUUUGAAGAAAAGGGUGGAGACAGUUCAGAAUCAUCAACGGAUGCUUAAAAUAGCAAGACAACUUCGAGUUGAGAAAGAGAGAGAAGAAUUUCUUGCCCAACAGAAACAGGAACAAAAGAAUCAGCUAUUUCAUGCAGUGCAGAGACUACAAAGAAUACAAAACCAGCUGAAAAGUAUGCGCCAUGCAGCAGCAGAUGCGAAGCCUGAAAGCUUAAUGAAGAGGCUAGAGGAGGAGAUAAAGUUUAAUUCAUAUAUGGUAACUGAAAAAUUUCCUAAAGAAUUAGAGAACAAGAAAAAAGAAUCGCAUUUUUUACAAAAAGUGGUUUCAGAGCCUGCUAUGGGCCAUUCUGAUCUUCUUGAACUUGAAUCUAAAAUAAAUGAAAUAAACAAACAGAUCAAUCAGCUGAUUGAAAAGAAAAUGAUGAGAAAUGAGCCAAUUGAAGGCAAACUGUCGCUAUAUAGGCAACAGGCAUCCAUCAUUUCUCGUAAAAAAGAAGCCAAAGCUGAGGAACUUCAGGAAGCAAAGGAGAAGUUAGCUAACCUAGAGAGAGAGGUGUCAGUAAAGACAAAUCAGACCCGUGAAUUUGAUGGCACCGAAGUUUUGAAGGGAGAUGAGUUCAAACGAUACGUCAGUAAACUUCGAAGCAAGAGUACGGUUUUCAAAAAGAAGCAUCAGAUAAUAGCUGAAUUUAAAGCUGAAUUUGGCCUUUUGCAAAGGACAGAAGAACUUCUUAAGCAACGUCAUGAAAACAUUCAACAUCAACUGCAAACUAUUGAGGAGAAAAAGGGUGUAUCCGGAUAUAGUUACACCCAAGAAGAACUGGAAAGAGUAUCUGCACUGAAGAGUGAAGUUGAUGAAAUGAAAGGACGGACACUGGAUGACAUGUCAGAAAUGGUUAAAAAACUAAAUUCUCUGGUGUCUGAAAAGAAGUCAGCUCUAGCUCCAGUUAUAAAAGAGCUACGACAAUUGCGUCAGAAAUGUCAAGAACUAACCCAAGAGUGUGAUGAAAAGAAAUCCCAGUAUGAUAGCUGUGCAGCAGGCCUCGAAAGCAAUCGGUCCAAAUUAGAACAGGAAGUCAGAGGACUUCGUGAAGAAUGUCUUCAAGAAGAAAGUAGAUACCAUUAUACGAAUUGUAUGAUUAAGAACCUAGAAGUACAGCUUCGUCGUGCCACCGACGAAAUGAAGGCGUAUGUCUCUGCUGAUCAACAAGAAAAAAGAAAGGCAAUUAGGGAACAGUAUACCAAAAAUAUUGCUGAACAGGAAAACCUUGGAAAGAAACUCCGGGAAAAACAAAAAGCUGUACGAGAAAGUCAUGGUCCAAAUAUGAAACAAGCAAAAAUGUGGCGUGAUUUUGAACAAUUGAUGGAAUGUAAGAAACAGUGCUUUCUGAAACAACAAAGCCAAACUUCCAUUGGUCAGGUAAUUCAGGAGGGAGGAGAGGAUCGGCUGAUACUCUGAGUUCAUGUGUCAUCGUUUGGGGUUUUAGUUGAUACUACUAGCUAUAACCGUAACCCCACAGUGUAUUUCUUUUCUUGAAAGUGAUUUGUACAGCAUCUUGUUUUCAGAUUAGCCAUUCCGUAUUAAGUUUUCUUGGAAAAUAAUGUUAAAGUAGAUUUAGGUUUUAAAAGUUUUUUAAUAUAAAAAAGAGGCUCUUAUUAUUUUGCUUAGUUUAGAUAUCACUGGUGUCUCCUGAGUUUUAUGAGACAGGAGACGGGGUUUACUAUCUGUAAAUGUAAACAUAUGUCCAUUAAGAAACAUGUAGGGUUUUUUGAAAUGUAAUAACCCAAUGGCUUAAUGUUUUUCUUAAUCUUUUUUUAACUUUAGAGGAAUCUUUUAGGAACUAAUAUCUCUUGUUUUGAAGAAACAUUUAUCUGAAGUUCAGCAAUUCCUACAGUUUCACUUCAGUUUCUUUUUCUUCUGUAAAAUUCAAGCAAAUUUAAUAUUUCACAAAACAUAUUUGUUCUAUUUGUAUUAUUUAAAAGCAAAUAAAACUCGGUGCACAAAUCACUGCUAUUUAUUUAAAAUUUA